CACCACAUCUUUGAAUAAUUAAACAACGCCAAUGAAGUCACACUUUUGCAAGUCCAAUAUCUUCAUGGCCUUUCUUUCCACAGCUCCACUGCUAAUUCAUCUUCUAAUUCUAACUUGCUUGUUCUCGUAUGUGCAGCCACGUUGCCACAAGGAUGAGAGCACUGCCUUGUUGGAAUUUAAGAACAGCUUUGUCAUACGUCGGGAUGCUUCUAGUGAUCCUUUGGCUUACCCGAAGGUUGCUUCAUGGUCACCAAAAGAGAAAGCUGAUUGUUGCUCUUGGGACGGCGUCGAGUGUGACAAGAGCAACACUCAUGUAAUAGCUCUUCAUCUCAGUAGUAGUUGCCUUCAUGGUUCCAUCAACUCCAACAAUACUCUUUUUCGUCUUUCUCAUCUUCAAAUCCUUGAUCUUGCCGCUAAUGAUUUCAAUGGCUCUCUAAUCCCUUCUCAAUUGGGCAAUCUUUCAAGGUUGAAGUAUCUCAAUCUUUCUAUGUCUGCUUUCGCAGGCCAAAUCCCCUCACAAAUCUCACAACUCUCCAAUUUGUCAUACCUUGAUCUGUGUCGGAAUUACUUGGAAUUGAAAUGGCCUGACUUAAGUACCAUAGUUAGGAACUUGAGUAACUUAAAACAUCUUGACCUUAGUGAAGUUGACAUCUCCUCCCCAGUUCCUAGUCUCUUGGCAAAUUUCUCCGCUUUAACAUCCCUUUCUUUGCGUGCUUGUAGACUAUCCGGUAAAUUCCCUAUUGAUAUCUUUCAACUUCCAAACUUACAACUUCUCGACUUGGGACAAAACGACAACCUUACAGGUUCUCUUCCCGAAUUUCGAUCCAGUAAUCCUCUUAGAAUAUUAUGGCUUGACGGUACUGGUUUCUUUGGUCAUAUACCCUCUUCAAUUGGAAACCUUGACUCUCUAAGAGGGUUGGAUCUUCGUAUUUGUAGGUUUUCUGGCCCAUUUCCAUCUUCGCUUAGCAAACUUAUAAAGCUUGAAUAUCUUGAUCUCAGUAAGAAUAAUUUCAGUGGGACAGUGGAUUUUAACAUGUUUCUUAACAUGAAAAAUCUCACCAACCUUGGACUCUCUGAUAACAACUUGUCGGUGCUCAUGACGGAGAAGAGUGUUGCAGGAAACAUAAAUUCAACUCAUCCCAAAUUUGAAGUUUUGUUUUUGGGAUCAUGCAAUUUAACAAGUUUUCCUGAUAUCUUAAGAUACCAAGAUAGGCUAAAGCUAUUGGAUCUUAGUGAAAAUCAUAUACAUGGCAAAUUACCUAAGUGGAUCUGGAACACACGCAUGGAGUUAUUAGACAUAUCUUCCAACUUAUUCAGAAGCUUUGGCAUUGAUGUCCUCCCUUCUCGUAGUCUACGCAUAUUGGAUUUUUCAAAAAAUAAGUUUACUGGACGACUACCAAUUCCUCCUCCAUCUAUUAUUCUCUUUGAUGCCUCACAUAAUAAAUUGAGUGGAGAGAUUUCGCUACUACAUUUCAAUUUGAGCUCCAUUGAAUGUUUUAACUUGUCUCAUAACAAAUUGAGCGGUGUGCUUCCAGAAUGUUUGAGAAACAUCAAGCACAACCUUUCUAGUGCAGGAUUUUCUCAAAUGUGUCCAUUUGGAAGCCGGCUAAAAGUGAUGGAUUUGAGCUAUAAUCAAUUUCAAGGGAGUUUACCACAAUCACUGUUGGCCGAUUGCAUGGAGCUUCAAGUUCUCAAGCUCGAAAGCAACCGUUUCAAUGAUGUCUUCCCUUCUUGGUUGGGGACUCUUCCGAAGCUCAAACUACUUCUAUUACGAUCUAAUAAGUUCCAUGGUGCAAUCACAAGAAAUUUUGAUUCUGAUUACGACUUCUCCAGUUUACACAUUAUUGAUCUGUCCUACAAUAAUUUUUCAAGUUUUCUGCCAUCUGAAUACUUCAAGAAAUGGAUUGCCAUGAAGGCUCUUGGCGCUAGCAAUUCAUCUUAUUUGGCUACUACCAUAAGGAUAACGAUCGAAUAUUCAGGAGUACUAUGGGACUUUGAGUUUAUUUAUCCUUGCUCUGUUACCAUUAAAAACAAAGGCAAGGAUAUGCAAUAUGAAAGGGUCCAAGAAGUUUUCACAGUGAUUGAUCUUUCGAGCAACAGAUUCCAUGGUGACAUCCCAGAGUGUAUGGGGGAACUACAACGACUCCAAGUCCUUAGCCUUUCCAACAACAUGCUUACUGGCAGUAUCCCUUCGUCAAUCUCCAGCUUAACCCAACUCGAAUCGUUGGAUCUUUCCGUAAACAAGCUCUCUGGGAAAAUCCCUCAGCAACUGGUGCAGCUCACAUUCCUUGCAUCAUUCAAUGUAUCUUUCAACCCUCUCAGGGGACCAAUACCGCAAGGGAGUCAAUUCUCUACGUUUGACAGUAGCUCGUACAAGGGAAAUGCAGGAUUAUGGGGUUAUCCAUUGGAAAGUCUCAAUACUCCUAAAGCGCUGCCGCCUUCAGAUUCAGGUUCUGAUGAAGAUGAUGAUGAAGAUUCAAAGUCUUGGUUCAAGUCUAAUUGGAUUACAAUUCUACCGGGAUUUGUUGGCGGAUUGAUAUUUGGAGUGGCCAUAGAGCACGCUCUUGCAAUGGACAAGCGUGAAUGGUUUUUCAAGGUUGUGGAUUUUGUGGUUUUGACCAAAGCUAAAGGGAGAAAACGCAAGAAGCUGAGACGUGCAACUUGA